GGAGCUGUUUCGUCAACCGCUUUCGAAAUGGCGAUUUUGAAUUCUGGAGACGUUGUUAGUUCGGCGACGGAGAACGGUGGCGGAGAGUUUGUGGAUCUUGAUAGGCUUCGUCGACGGAAAUCGAGAUCGGAUUCUAACGAUAAUUCACCUUCAGAUGAUCUUGGACCUCCGGACGACGUUAGGGAUCGGAUUGAUUCCGUUGUUAACGAUGACGCUCAAGGAACAGCCAAUUUGGCUGGAGAUACCGAAAUCAGGGAAACUGGUGGUGGAAGAGGCGGCGGAGAAGGAAGAGGAAACGCCGAGGCUACGUUUACGUAUCGACCGUCGGUUCCUGCUCAUCGGAGGGCGAGAGAGAGUCCACUCAGCUCCGACGCAAUCUUCAAACAGAGCCAUGCCGGAUUAUUCAACCUCUGUGUAGUAGUUCUUAUUGCUGUAAACAGUAGACUCAUCAUCGAAAACCUUAUGAAGUAUGGUUGGUUGAUCAGAACGGAUUUCUGGUUUAGUUCAAGAUCGCUGCGAGAUUGGCCGCUUUUCAUGUGUUGUAUAUCCCUUUCGAUCUUUCCGUUGGCUGCCUUUACGGUUGAGAAAUUGGUACUUCAGAAAUACAUAUCAGAACCUGUUGUCAUCUUUCUUCAUAUUAUUAUCACCAUGACAGAGGUUUUGUAUCCAGUUUACGUCACCCUAAGGUGUGAUUCUGCUUUUUUAUCAGGUGUCACAUUGAUGCUCCUCACUUGCAUUGUGUGGCUAAAGUUGGUUUCUUAUGCUCAUACUAGCUAUGACAUAAGAUCCCUAGCCAAUGCAGCUGAUAAGGCCAAUCCUGAAGUCUCCUACUACGUUAGCUUGAAGAGCUUGGGAUAUUUCAUGGUCGCUCCCACAUUGUGUUAUCAGCCAAGCUAUCCACGUUCUGCAUGUAUACGGAAGGGUUGGGUGGCUCGUCAAUUUGCAAAACUGGUCAUAUUCACUGGAUUCAUGGGAUUUAUAAUAGAACAAUAUAUAAAUCCUAUUGUCAGGAACUCAAAGCAUCCUUUGAAAGGGGAUCUUCUAUAUGCUAUUGAAAGAGUGUUGAAGCUUUCAGUUCCAAAUUUAUACGUGUGGCUCUGCAUGUUCUACUGCUUCUUCCACCUUUGGUUAAACAUAUUGGCAGAGCUUCUCUGCUUCGGGGAUCGUGAAUUCUACAAAGAUUGGUGGAAUGCAAAAAGUGUGGGAGAUUACUGGAGAAUGUGGAAUAUGCCUGUUCAUAAAUGGAUGGUUCGACAUAUAUACUUCCCGUGCCUGCGCAGCAAGAUACCAAAGACGCUCGCCAUCAUCAUUGCUUUCUUAGUCUCUGCAGUCUUUCAUGAGCUAUGCAUCGCAGUUCCUUGUCGUCUCUUCAAGUUAUGGGCUUUUCUUGGGAUUAUGUUUCAGGUGCCUUUGGUCUUUAUCACAAACUAUCUACAAGAAAGGUUUGGCUCAACGGUGGGGAACAUGAUCUUCUGGUUCAUCUUCUGCAUUUUUGGACAACCGAUGUGUGUGCUUCUUUAUUACCACGACCUGAUGAACCGCAAAGGAUCAAUGUCAUGAAACAACUGUUCAAAAAUGACUUUCUUCAAACAUCUAUAUGGCCUCGUUGGAUCUCCAUUGAUGCUGUGGUGGUUCUGAUGCUAAAACAACAAAUAGUGUUAAAACCAUUGAAGAAGAAAAGAAAAUUAGAGUUGUUGU